AUGACCCUGAUGCACCCGGCCUAUGGCCUUGUCAUGACCCUGAUGCACCCGGCCUAUGGCCUACAAUACCACCGCCAGACCUACGGCGACGACGCGUACCAGGUCAUGCUGCCUGUGCCGUCCACGCUGGAGGAAGAUGACACGCUGCUACCUCCUGUCCCAGUGGAUGGUCAGGCCGGCGCUCCCAAGAAACUCGGGCCGAACAAGUUCAAGAGGAUCGCGGGGCGCGGGGACAAGUACGCUUCGUCGUCGUUCAACACGCGAGUUUCUGAUUUCGGACCGGCUGCAUCCGGAACCACGGCGGCUCCCUCUCUGUCGCAGGGGGGUGCCACGGCGGCUCCCUCUUCGUCACAGGGGGGGGGUGCGGGCGGAUGGGUCACGGUCGGGGGGAUGGUGAUCAAUUUGACACGCUGA